AUGGCUCUGAGUGGAAAUUGCAGGAGUUACCAUCUUUCAAAAGAACAAGGGACAGUUCCCAACUCCUUCCCUGAGGUUGUGGAACUAAAUGUUGGGGGCCAAGUUUAUUUCACUCGCCAUUCCACCUUAGUAAGUAUCCCUCACUCUCUUCUAUGGAAAAUGUUUUCCCCCAAGAGAGACAGUGCUAAUGAACUAGCCAAGGACUCCAAAGGAAGAUUCUUUAUUGACAGAGAUGGAUUCUUGUUCCGCUACAUACUGGACUAUCUCAGGGACAGGCAGGUAGUUCUGCCUGAUCACUUUCCAGAAAGGGGCAGACUGAAAAGGGAAGCUGAGUAUUUCCAGCUACCAGAUUUGGUCAAACUCUUGACACCUGAUGAGAUCAAGCAAAGCCCAGAUGAAUACUGCCAUAGUGAUUUUGAGGAUAUGUCCCAAGGGAGUGACACAAGAAUAUGUCCACCUUCAUCCCUACUUCCUGCUGACCGUAAGUGGGGCUUCAUAACUGUUGGCUAUCGAGGGUCAUGCACCAUGGGCCGAGAGGGUCAAGCAGAUGCCAAGUUUCGGAGAGUUCCACGUAUUUUGGUUUGUGGAAGAAUUUCCCUAGCAAAAGAGGUCUUUGGAGAAACUUUAAAUGAGAGCAGAGAUCCAGAUCGUGCUCCAGAAAGAUACACUUCCAGAUUUUAUCUAAAAUUCAAACAUCUGGAAAGGGCUUUUGAUAUGUUGUCAGAGUGUGGAUUCCACAUGGUGGCCUGUAAUUCCUCAGUGACAGCUUCUUUUGUCAAUCAGUACACAGAUGACAAGAUCUGGUCCAGCUACACUGAAUAUGUCUUCUACCGUGAACCUUCCAGGUGGUCUUCCUCACACUGUGACUGCUGUUGCAAAAAUGGCAAGGGUGAUAAGGAAGGAGAGAGUGGCACCUCGUGCAAUGAACUCUCUACCUCUAGUUGUGACAGCCAGUCAGAAGCCAGCUCCCCACAGGAGACUGUCAUCUGCGGGCCGGUGACCCGCCAGCCCAACAUCCAGACUCUGGACAGGCCUAUCAAGAAGGGCCCCGUGCAGCUGAUCCAGCAGUCGGAGAUGCGUCGGAAAAGCGACUUGCUUCGGACUCUGACUACUGGCUCCAGGGAGUCUAACUCGGGCAAAAAAAAAGCUGUGAAGGAAAAGCUCUCCAUUGAGGAAGAGCUAGAAAAAUGCAUACAGGAUUUUCUCAAGAUCAAAAUUCCAGAUAGGUUCCCAGAAAGGAAACACCCUUGGCAAUCUGAACUAUUAAGAAAGUACCAUCUAUAG